AUGAGCACCGUGUAUGGAUUCACGAGUCCCGGUCUUCGUGAAGUUACGGGUUACGACACCGGAUUGCGGGACUUUGUCGUGGAGGAUGCGACCGGCUUCAUGGGUCAGAUGGAUGCUCUUGUCGGCGACAUCGAAGUGACCUGCGGAACACUACAAUUUGCCCAACGCGUUGCCCAGUUGCCCAAUGCGAUUGUUUAUGUCUACAAUUUCGUACACAAAACUCAAAAUAACGGCUUUCCUGAUUGGACUGGUGCUAUGCACGGUCAGGAAGUAGAUUACGUGUUUGGUAUGCCGUUUUUGCAGACAUUUAAGAGGAAUUUCCACGACUACACUAAAGAGGAGGCAGGACUGAGUGAAGUCGUCAUGAGGUAUUGGACCAACUUUGCGCGAACUGGGUGAGUUUCCAAGUACGAGGCGAAGACUUGGGGAAAUUUUUUGGGAAGGCAAUCUAACAAAUGCACCUUUGCUACUUUCAGAAACCCGACACAGAAUGAAGAUGGAAGCAGAAUGAGUCCUGACUGGCCGGAGUAUGACGUGGAAUCGGGCAAAUACAUGGAAAUCGGGCUUAAACGGAUGGUCCAGGCUCAUUAUCGUAGGGAAAAGUGCAAUUUUUGGAAUCUCGUUUUCCCCUCCCUAACCCGGGGUCACUUGAUUAAAACGGGCAAGGGCAUCCCACCGGAAAUAUGCCCGAAUAUGCAACCAUACUUAUAUGAACGUCGGUCCCUCCUUGAUUUUGUAGAGGUGGAUCCUCCCAUAGUUUCAUUUGGAGAGGAGUGA